AUCUGCUCCUCCUCCUUCAGUGAAGCUCCUCCCACUGCAAUUCACCAAUAAAUGCUGGAAUAUUCCCAUCAGCCUACAAGUAAAGACGAGCAUCAAACCAUCAGGAAGAGCUGAAAUCUGCAAAGACAGAGUUUAUUGAAGGACAGUGAGAACAUGAGAGAUCCAGAAGACUGCAGAAUGAAACACACUGAAGAACAAAGAGAUGUGAUGCUGGAGAAUGAGGAGUGUAAAGAGGAAGAGAAACCUGUCAAAACUGGAGAAAAAACUAGCUCACAGACUGAUAGCGUUUCUUUACUGAAAAGAAAAGACAAAUGUUUCACCUGCCUUCAGUGUGGAAAGAGUUUCACACGCAAACAGAGCCUCAAGGUUCACAUGAGGAUUCACACUGGAGAGAAACCGGUCACAUGUGAUCAGUGUGGGAAGAGUUUCACAAACACAAAGAGUUUCAAGGUUCACAUGAGAAACCACACUGGAGAGAAACCAUUCACAUGUGAUCAGUGUGGGAAGAGUUUCACAUGCAAUCAGAAUCUCAAGGUUCACUUGAGGAUCCAUACUGGAGAGAAACCGUUCACAUGUGAUCAGUGUGGGAAGUGUUUUGCACAUCAAGGACACCUUAAGACACACAUGAUCAUCCACACUGGAGAGAAACUGCAUGGAUGUGAUCAAUGUGGCAAAACAUUUUUGUUGGCUUCAGGCCUGAAGAGCCACCUUAAAGUUCAUUCACAGGAGAAACCACAUUCAUGUUCUUUGUGCGGAAAGAGUUUUUCAUGUCUGCAGAAUUUAAAUGUUCAUCAGAAAAUACAUACUGGUGAAAAAAUACAUGUUUGCUUUGAGUGUGGGAAGAGUUUUAUUACAACUGCAGGUUUGAAUCGACACCAGAGAAUUCACACUGGAGAGAAACCUUACAAGUGUUCACACUGCGAAAAGAGAUUCAGUCAGUCAGGACAAUUGAAAACACAUGAGAGGAUCCACACUGGAGAGAAACCUUACAAGUGUUCACACUGUGACAAGAGAUUUAGUGAUUCAGGAACCCUGAAAAAACACAAGAGGAUCCACACUGGAGAAAAACCGUAUCACUGCACUGCAUGUGGGAAGAGUUUCAAACAGUCAUCUUCUCUACGCAGUCAUACAAUGAACAAUCACAAUGUGCUGCUGGAGAAUGAGGAGAGUAAAGAGGAGGAGGAACAUCAUGUCAAAACUGGAGAAAAAACUAGCUCACAGACUGAAAGCGUUUCUUUACUGAAAAGAAGAGACAAGAAACAUUUCACCUGCCAUCAGUGUGAAAAGAGAUUCACACGCAAACAGAGUCUCAAGGUUCACAUGAGGAUUCACACUGGAGAGAAACUGGUCACAUGUGAUAAGUGUGGGAAGAGUUUCACACACAAAAAGAGUUUCAAGGUUCACAUGAGGAUCCACACCGGAGAGAAACCGUUCACAUGUGAUAAGUGUGGAAAGAGUUUCACAUGCACACAAAAUCUCAAGGUCCACAUGAGGAUCCACACUGGAGAGAAGCCGUUCACAUGUGGUCAGUGUGGAAAGAGUUUUGCACAUCAAGGACACCUUAAGACACACAUGAUCAUCCACACUGGAAGGAAACUGCAUGGAUGUGAUCAAUGUGGCAAAACAUUCUUGUGGGCUUCAGGCCUGAAGAGCCACCUGAGAACUCACUCAAAGAAGAAAUCACAUUCAUGUUCUUUGUGUGGAAAAAGUUUUUAUUUUCUGCAGAAUUUAAAUGUUCAUCAGAAAAUACAUACUGGUGAAAAAGUACAUGUGUGCUUUGAGUGUGGGAAGAGUUUUAUUACAACUGCAAGUUUGAAUCGACACCAGAGAAUACACACUGGAGAGAAACCUUACAAGUGUUCACACUGCGAAAAGAGAUUCAGUCAAUCAGGACAUCUGAAAACACACCAGAGGAUCCACACUGGAGAGAAACCUUACAAGUGUUCACACUGCGACAAGAGAUUCAGUGAGUCAGGAGCCCUGAAAAAACACAAGAGGAUCCACACUGGAGAGAAACCGUAUCACUGCACUGCAUGUGGGAAGAGUUUCAAACAGUCAUCUGCUCUACACAGUCAUACAAAAUACAAUCACAGCCUGAUGGAGGAGAAUGAGGAGAGCGAAGAGAACAAGCUUCAUGAUGUCAAAACUGGAAAAAAAACUUUCUCACAGACUGAAAGUGUUUCUUUACUGAAAAGAAGAAACAAGAAAUGUUUCACCUGCCUUCAGUGUGGAAAGAGAUUAUCAUACAAAAAGAGUCUCAAUAUUCACAUGAUGAUCCACACUGGAGAGAAACCGUUCACAUGUGAUCAGUGUGGGAAGAGUUUUAGAAAAAAAGAUCACCUUAAGGUACACAUGAUCAUCCACACUGGAGAGAAGCGUCACAAAUGUGAUCAGUGUGGCAAAACAUUUUUGAGGGCCUCAGACCUGAAGAGCCACCUGAAAGUUCAUUCACAGGAGAAACCACAUUCAUGUUCUUUGUGUGGAAAGAGAUUUUUAGUGCUGCAAGGUUUAAAAAAACAUCAGAAAAUACAUACUGGUGUAAGAGAACAUAUGUGCUUCGAGUGUGAAAAGACUUUUAUUACAGCUGGACAUUUGAAACGGCACCAGAUGAUCCACACUGGAGAGAAACCUUACAUGUGUUUACACUGCGAGAAGAGAUUCAAUGAUUCAGGAUCCCUGAGAAAACAUGAGAGGAUCCACACUGGAGAGAAACCUUACAAGUGUUCACACUGCGACAAAAGAUUUAAAAAAUUAGCGCAUCUGAAAAACCACAAGAGGACCCACACUGGAGAGAAACCUUACAAGUGUUCACACUGUGAAAAGAGAUUCAGUGAGUCAGGAUCCCUGAAAAAACACAAGAGGAUCCACACUGGAGAGAAACCUUACAAGUGUUCACACUGUGACGAGAGUUUCAGUCGGUCAGAUUAUCUGAUAAGACAUGAGAGGAUCCACACUGGAGAGAAACCUUACAAGUGUUCACACUGCGACAAGAGAUUCAGACAGUCAGAACAUCUGAAAACACACGAGAGGAUCCACACUGGAGAGAAACCGUAUCACUGCACUCUAUGUGGGAAAAAGUUUCACUCAAUCAUCUUCUCUACACAGUCAUACAAAAAAACACAUAAAGUAAGGCAACAUCUCAGUGAGUUGCAAAAGACAAUAUCUAAAAGUUUUAUUCUUGUAUAUCAGGGGUCGGCAACCUAUGGCACGUGGAGGGGUAAUCGCUGGCAUGUGAGCAAAACCGAGAGAGGUGUUUCUAUUUCAUUCAGAUAAAAUACCUUGUAACCUGCAUACAGAUCUACAUUUUGAGGUAAGCCAGGCAAACAGGGCGGAGCAGGUGGAGCAGGAAGGGCUGAAGACCACCUCAGCGAUGCUGGAGACCCCCACAGCAGUGCAGAUGGGCAUGAGGACCACCACGGCGGAGCAGAUGACCACCGCAGCUGAGUAGAUGUGCUUGAAAACCCCCAUGGCGGAGCUGAAGGCCACCACAGCAGGGCAGAUGGGCUUGAAGACCGCCACGGCAGAUCUGGUGGAACUAGAGGCCAACAAAGCUGAUCAGGCAAAACUGAAACACAAGGCACAGAGAGGUUAGUGCUGGCCACAAGGGCUGUGCCAAAACAAUCAGGUAGUUUGAGGGUGUCCACCAUGGACAUAACUGGGCCAGCAGACUCUCUGGUUAACCCAGUGUUUCUCAAACCUGUCCUGGAGGACCCCCAGCCCUGCACAUUUUGUAUGUCUCCCUAAUCUAUCACACCUGAUUCAACUCAUGAGCUCAUUAGUAGAGAUGGCAAUACCUGAAAUGGGUGUGUCAGAUGUAGCGAGACAUACAAAAUAUGCAGGGCUGGGGGUCCUCCAGGACAGGUUUGAGAAACACUGGGUUAACAGGAAAUUUAUGUACGAACUCUUUGUUCGUGUUGAGGCAGACAGGCAGUUCAUGUCCAACCUCUGCAGUUGCAUCGAGACAACCAGGAAGAUUAGAUACAACCUCUGCGGUUAACUGAAUUUAAUAAUUUGGGCUCUGUUGUUAAUUGUAACCUUUAAUAUUAUAGUAAUGUGUAAGGAAUGGCUCCUACAUAGUUUACAGCAUUAGCUGAGAUAGGUUUUUUUUUAUCAUUUAAGAAAAUUUUUAAAUAUAAUUGAAUUUAUUUAAACACAGAGGCACAAUUUGUUUAAAAAAAAAAAAAAGUUUACUAAAAAAAGGAAUUUUAUGUUUAUUGGAUCUGUACAUUUGCUCUUAAAGUAACAGUAGCUUAAUAUACCUGCUGCUGUCUGUGUCAUUAAUGUUAAUCAAACAUGAAAAGUCAAAAUCACUUUCUGCUCUUGUCUGAAUAACUUUUGUAAUUUAAUUGUUAAUUAUUAUUAUUUCUUACCUGAAUACUUUUAGACCUACCUGUUUAUUUCAUUUGUAUCUUUAUUCUGUUGUAUUAAUUUGUGCUACUGCUUGUAAUUUAUUUGUUCUUAUUUUAUUACUGACUGUUUACUCGUCUUUUUUUGUAAAUUCAAUUUAAAGUUUGAAAUCAGGCUUGUGCUGUGUGUAAGCUAUUGUGCAACAAAAAAUGCCCUAUUACAAUAUAAAAAACAAAAAUGCAUUGCAUUAUCAAACAUUUAGGUAAUUAUCAUUUUUUUUGAAAGACUUAUAAAAAACUGAACUGUUAUGAUUGCUUUUCCGUGUUUCAAAUUUCAUGAUUAAUAAAGCCUUUAACUGUCUGAUAAAUUAUUUUACACACUA